CAGAGGCCUUGACAAGAUGAGCACCGACGUCGAUGAACAGGUCGCGUUCAUGCGCCUUGCGCUGGCGGAGGCAGAAAAAUGUCAGGCGUCUCCUACAGCGUUUUGCGUGGGCUGCGUUCUAGUACUGAGAUGGCCUGAUAAUGGCACCCCUGCCGUUGUCUCUACAGGUUAUUCUAGGGAACUCGAAGGAAAUACACACGCUGAAGCCAACGCCCUUACAAAGCUACACUCUCUCCCACAGGAUAAGCUUUGCCAUAUAUUUUCCGCAUCCUCUGUACCAUUUUCACUCGACAUCGGUGAAAUCUUGGCUCGUCUCGACGUAUAUACAACCAUGGAGCCCUGCUCCAUCCGAACAUCCGGGCUGGCGCCCUGUGCAGAUGCUUUGAUAGCCGCCAAGAUCAAGCGGUGUUUUAUCGGUGUAGGGGAGCCCGCCGAUUUUGUCACCUGUGAAGGUGCACAGAAGCUAAAGGAUGCUGGCAUAGAGGUUGUGUGGGUAGAAGGCUUGGAGGAAGAAAGUCUUCGAGUUGCUCGUCGCGGCCAUUAAUACUCUCGCUUCAUUCCUUCGCUCGCUGAAUUACCGUUUUACGGAUUACUUUUCCUGGAAAGGGCUUAGUGUGGUACAUGUGUAAAGGGUCCUAGUCUUCCGUCCAUUGGUUUCCGGUAUUGAUCACUUUGGUAUAGCCAUGAAGAAUAUCAUACAAUUGUAUUGGGAGCCGACUAUAGCCUUUCAACAGACGCGCUUUCGGCCGUGUCUCGCUUCACGGCUUGAU